AUGCCAUCCACUCGGUCUAAGUGUCGUGUUGGUGUGCGCACAGGCGGAAUCACUUGCAUGAUGGACGCUUUGAUAACUUGGAAUGUGGCAGGUGGUUUUGCGCCGUGGAUGCUGUGCAGUGCCAAUUUCGCUUCGGCCCAUAAAGCUGGCAUCCUCUACAUACUCGUGUAUUGCAUCGCUCAGGGCUGUGGGAUAUCUCAUGAGUCCAUGGACACAGCACGGACCAAGGCAGAGGUGUUUGUGGGCUGUAAUUUUCUUGUGCAGCACAGAUUCGAGGGAGUGCCGACUUACCCGCAUACAACAUAG